CGGGGACACAGAAGUUGACUUUUCCAGGUGGAAUGUUCUGGAACAGUGCUGCUGGUUUCCAUUCAGACUGUGGGAGGAUCUGAGUCCACACAUAAACCCAAACUCUAACAUGAACCUGGGGACAGGCCUAGCAGUUCCAGGGUACUUUAUCUGGACACUUUUUCUCCUGACGAACUGUGAAGAACAGCGAAUCCCAGAAGAAAAACUUGUAGUUGUGACAGUUGCAACCACAGAGACAGAUGGCUUCAGGCGUUUCUUGAGGUCGGCCAAACACUUCAACUACACUGUGAAGGUUCUGGGCCGAGGCGAGAAGUGGAGGGGAGGUGACUACAUGUCCACACCAGGUGGAGGUCAGAAGGUCCGACUCCUGAAGGAGGCCCUGGACCAGAUGGAAACUGAGGACACAAUCAUCCUUUUUAUCGACAGUUACGAUGUGGUUUUGGCCUCAGGGCCCAAAGAGCUGCUGAGGAAGUUCCAUCAGGCCGGACACAAGGUGGUGUUCUCCUCAGAGAGUCUGAUCUGGCCUGACCGACACCUGGAGGACAAACACCCCCACGUCAGAGAGGGAAACCGCUUCCUGGGCGCCGGGGGUUUUAUGGGUUACCUGCCCAACAUCAAAGACAUGGUUUCUGAUUGGACAGGAGAAGACCACGACAGUGACCAACUGUACUUCACCAAGAUUUACAUCAAUCCAGAAAAAAGAAAAUCCAUCAACAUCACUGUGGACAGUAAAUGCAGAUUGUUUCAGAAUCUUCAUGGAGCCCUGGAUGAGGUGGUGCUUAAGUUUGAGGAGGGACGAGUACGAGCCAGAAACGUCCUCUAUGACACACUGCCUGUUGUCAUCCACGGAAACGGACCGACCAAGCUGCAGGUCAACUACCUGGGAAACUACAUCCCCAACUCCUGGACCUUUGAAACUGGGUGCACGGUGUGUCAUGAGGAUCUGCAGCCACUGACCACACUGAAGGAGAGUGAAUACCCACUAGUGAUGGUGGGGAUCUUCAUUCAACAGCCCACUCCAUUCGUCAGCGUGUUCUUUGAACGUCUGCUGAAACUGAAAUACCCCAAAAACAGACUGCAACUGUUCAUUUACAACCAGGAGGUUCAUCAUGAGGACCAGGUCCGGACCUUCCUGCAGGAUCAUGGACAUCUGUACCAGGAUGUUAAAUCCAUCGGCUCUGAGGAUGACAUGGACGCCGUUUCCUCCCGUAACUUGGCGCUUGACAUGUGCCGGAAAGAUAAAAACUGCGACUAUUUCUUCAACUUGGACAUUGAAGUGGUCCUAAAGAACGAGGACACCCUGAAGAUUCUGAUCGAACAAAACCUUCCUGUCGUGGCUCCAAUGAUAACCCGACCCGGGCGGCUGUGGAGUAACUUCUGGGGGGCUCUGAGCGCAGACGGCUUCUACGCUCGCUCUGAGGACUACGUGGACAUCGUUCAAGGACGGAGGGUGGGUGUGUGGAACGUUCCGUAUGUGUCCAGUGUGUAUCUGAUCAAAGCCGACCUGCUGCGCUCAGAACUGUCGGACUAUCAGCUGUUCCAGUCCAACACUUUAGAUGCUGACAUGGCGUUCUGCCACAACAUUCGCAACAAGGCCAUCUUCAUGUACGUCACCAACUUACACACCUUCGGUCGCAUCCUGUCCACAGAAAACUACCAGACCAACCAUCUACAUAACGACCUGUGGCAGAUCUUCGAGAACCCAGCGGACUGGCAGGACCGCUACAUCCAUGAGAACUACACUCGCAUCAUGAAAGACAAACUGAUCGAAACGCCUUGUCCUGAUGUCUACUGGUUUCCAGUCUUCACUGACGUGGCCUGUAAUCACAUCGUUCAAGAAAUGGAACACUUCGGACAGUGGUCAGGAGGAAACAACAAGGACAGCAGAAUCCAAGGAGGAUACGAGAACGUCCCCACCAUCGACAUCCACAUGAAUCAGGUCAACUAUGAAAAGGAGUGGCACAAGUUCCUGUUGGACUACAUCGCCCCCAUCACAGAGAAGAUGUACCCUGGUUACUACACCAAGUGUUCCAGUCCUCUGAACUUUGUGGUCAGGUACAAACCUGAUGAGCAGCCGUUGCUCGUUCCUCACCACGACGCCUCUACAUUCACUAUUAACAUAGCUCUGAACAGCAAAGGUGUGGACUACCAGGCUCACUUUGACUUGGCCUUUGUAGUUAGAUAUAAACCAGAUGAGCAGCCCUCUUUAAGGCCCCACCAUGACGCCUCCACUUUCACUAUAAACAUUGCACUCAAUCAAGUGGGCCUCGAUUACCAGGGAGGCGGAUGCAGGUUCCUUCGGUACGACUGCUCCAUCCAGGCUCCUCGUAAAGGCUGGGCCCUCAUGCACCCGGGUCGACUCACCCACUACCACGAAGGUCUACCCACCACCGCAGGGGUCCGAUACAUCGCUGUGUCCUUUGUGGACCCCUGAAGUCCUGCUCAGACCUGCUCAGGCCAGAACAGACCACAACAGUCCUGCUCAGACCAGAACAGACCACAUCAGACCCAGAUAACCCCAGUUCUGUUUUCACAUCAGUGCUGCUGAUUAUCCACUAAAAGAAAAAAAGAGAACAGCCCAAAAAACUAUCCACUAUAAGAAAAAAAGAGAACAGCCCAAAAAACUAUCCACUAAAAGAAAAAAAG